AUGACGACGCGAAGAAGUCAGCAGGCUCAGAAUAACGAUAUAUACCCGGCGCGUUACUUCAAGGCUUCACGGACGUAUGAUGCUUGGGUACAUUUGACUUGCAGCGAUGUGCACGCUCUCCGUGCGGUGCGAGGCUUUGAGGGUCAGCAACUGCUCUUUCACCGAAACCAUCCGAUCCGAUUCGUACGAAUAACCGGGCCGAUCAACAGUAUAACCGAUCUCUCUGCCAGAUUUACUCUAUUUACGAUCGAUGAUAGCAGUGGCAGCACCCUCGAGAUUAAGGUCCCUCGAUUGCCUGCGGAAAUUGCCGACUCUCCCGAGUGCCCUUCCAAUACUGCGAUCGAUAAUUUGAACGUUCAUACAGCACUUGGGAUUUUCGACGUAGUCGUUGACGACAUCGUUCUUGAUAUUGGCACUGUUGUGAGCACGAAAGGCAUCGUUUGCGAGUUCCGGGGCAUCAGACAAUUGGACCUGAAGAGGAUCAAAGUUCUGAAGACUACGUUGGAGGAAGCGCGCUUAUGGGCUAAUAUGUCCAAAUUCAAGAACGAUGUGCUGAAUCAAUCGUGGGUCCUGACUCCCGAAGAACGAGCAAAGCUAGAUCUUCGGGCCGCAGCGGAAGAAGAGAAGGAUAGAAGGAAGCAGAAGGAGUGGGCCGUGUAUCGGAAUAAGAAAGCUGAGAGAAAGAGAUUGGCAGAGGAGAAGCGCAGAGAGAAAGCCGAAAAAUACGAACGGCGGAGGUUAAGAGAAGAAGAGAAGAUGAAUCAAGGAGCAUUGAUUUGA